GAGCCUGAAAACCUCCGCACCUUCGCUGCGGGCAGCACUGAGGCCCCGGGCGCCCAAGGACGCGCUCUGCAGCCAGUGGGAGGGGACGCCGUGUGCUCGGGAGAAUCGGCGGCCCGCAGUCCCUGGUCGCGGGCUCCGUCCCCCGCAUCCCCCGGCUCACACCUGCCCGCGCGGAGGAGCAGCAGCGGGGCGCGCUCUGAGCUGGGAAAGCCCAACAGCUCAGGAGAGUUCCCGGACUCCCCAGCCCCAGGUGCGCCUUGUGCACAUCAUGUCCAGUUUUGAAGAUGCGGACACAGAAGAGACGAUAACCUGUCUCCAGGUAACGGUUUACCAUCCCGGCCAGUUGCAAAGUGGAAUAUUUCAGUCAAUAAGGUUUUGUAACAGAGACAAACUCUCUUCCAGUGAAGUGGUGAAAUUUGGCCGAAAUUCCAACAUCUGUCAUUAUACUUUUCAGGACAAACAGGUUUCUCGAGUUCAGUUUUCUCUGCAGCUGUUUAAACAGUUCAACAGCUCAGUUCUCUCCUUUGAAAUUAAAAAUAUGAGUAAAAAGGCCAAUCUGAUCAUGGACAGUAGAGAGCUGGGCUACCUAAAUAAAAUGGACCUGCCAUACAGGUGCAUGGUCAGAUUUGGAGAGUAUCAGUUUCUGAUGGAGAAGGAAGAUGGAGCAUCAUUGGAAUUUUUUGAGAUUCAAUUUAUUUUAUCUCCAAGAUCACUCUUGCAAGAAAACUACUGGCCGCCACUGCACAGGCCCAUACCCGAGUAUGGCGUUUAUUUGUGCUCUUCCUCCCAAAGCAGUUAUCCUACAGAAAUGGAUGAAAAUGAGUAAUGAACACAGAAGGUCUCAGAGAAGAAAUGUGAAGGACGAAGAACUCUGUAGAUGCUCUACAGACACUACUUAUUAAGCAUUCGUUAGGGUAGUAUGUUAUAGUCAUCUGUUGUGCUGUGAAAUUCCGAAUUUCAGUAUUAUCAUUUUGAAGUCUGUAAAUUGUGUUAGUCAUUAACUUAGUCACCUGUUGUAUUCCUGGAGCUACACAAAAUUAUUUUAACCGCUCAUCUGUGAGGAUUGAUAUACAAAAAGAUAUCCUUUGGGAUGAAAUAGUAUUCUCAGAAUAAGGUUAUAUUAUUUUAUUUUUCUGCUUGAUUUUCAUCUGUGUUAUGCUUUGUUUUUGUAAGGAACCGACCGUCUCUUGGUUUGGUCACAGUAUUUCACAGCAGCCAUUUGUUUUCAAGCCAGGGCUCCAGGCAGGUUGUUACUGGUGUCUGUAGCCUGUCAGUACUUGUAGCACCGGAAUACUGGAAUAGGUUCUAGACCAGCGUCUGUGCGUCACUGUGGUUUUAGUAUGGGAGGACUUACUUGAGAAAUACUACCUUGCUUUUUUAUGACUUCUUUUUACAGAAUUGUAGUGUGCUUGCUCCUAAGAUGACAGUUCUCUUUGUCUUUCAGCAUCUAAGACAAACAUUUAAACAUUUUAAAGCACCACUGUGUUAUGUUUAGAAUUAUUUACUCACAAAAUUAGAAGUUUGAUUUUUAUGUGUUGUACAAAAUUUUAAGAUUUCACAAAUUUACCUUUUUAAUAGUAUCCAUGUACAUAAUAAAGUCAAAGUUUAAUUAGCCAUUUUCUUUGAAUUUUUUUCUAAAUAAGGGAAAGAACUGUUCUUGGGCCACUUUUCAUAGAUAAAUGUAUGUGAAAAUGUUUAUAAUAAAUGCUUACAUAUUUCUAAAAUGUCAACUUUACAAAGUAUUUUUCAGUUCUUUUUUUUUUUUUUAAUUUAAGAUA